AGAUCCGGCGCCAGGGCGGGCGGAUUCCCCGUCAGCGUGGCGAAUCCCCUAGCCUGGCGUUAAGGUCCGCCAUGUCAGCGUCGGAUCCGGCGCAAUGGCGGGCGGAUUCCCCAUCAGCACGGCGAAUACCCUUGCCUGGCACGCAGGUCCGCUGGCGCAACCUCACCUCUGGCUCGUUCAGCUGCAAUGCGGGAGGAAGCGUCUCCAGCGCCGUAUCCGCCGCACCACACACGUCAGAAGCAAGGACCGGGGGGAUUUGCUGCUUGGGUGAACUGCUGCAGGUUUGUGGUCCAAUAUCGCGCCAGCAGAAAGCUCUCUCAAGGGUGAGGAUGGACAGAUGUGGUGUAGUCAGAGGCAGCAUGACCUGGCCUAACCGAAUUGGUCGUGACCAAGGUGAGCCUAGUACUGUACCCUGGCCAGAUUGUUUACUCAUUGUUCUUCAUCCGCUCAUCCAUUAUAUGUUCAUGACAGUGAAGGUGCUCUCCCAGGUGUGUUUGCUCCUGUCACCUGGCAGUGUGGACACACCUGAAACAACCGCUUGGCCAACAGAACUUGCCUGGCCGCAGGUUUCCUAUCACCAGUUCGUGCUACACCAGUUUUCUACUUUGCGGAUUGGCCAACAAACAUUGGACAAAGAUAUCCCAACCCAUAUCGAAGCCCCCCUUAUGCUACACAUUUUUUUCCACGCAAGCCUCGACAGCUGCUCGCCAAGUGCACUCAGUCAGGUGAGACAUGAGUUCCUUUCACCCCACUCUCGUUUCCAGACUCCUUGGGUGCAGAACAUACUUUUGAAGAUUAACUAUUGUGCAGUCACUGAAGUGAAUACUGCCCUCGUAUGCAAAUUCUUUAGCGAUACCAAAUUCUCUCACUUUGGGGAGGAGGCGAGGGUAGUUUUCUCCAUGGUCGGCACCUCCAGGGUUGCGGAUUUGACCCCGUAGCACGACAAAUUCAUAUGACACGGCGCCAAAUCCGGUGCUGACGUGGCGUAUCCGCAUGCCAGGGAUGAGGAUUCACCUCAUACGUGACGAUACGUCCGCGCCCUGUUAUGACCCUAGCCUAGAUUUCUAUAUAUCCUAGCAGCACCACACUUCCGUACUUUCUUGAAAUCCCUGUUUUAACCACUUCCCAGCAGCGCCCCAUAUCCCAGCAGAACCCCAUUACACCCUAUGCCUGGUCUUACCAGGUCCCGUAAGAAGUUCCCAUGCUUUGUUAAGGUGUGUGCACGCGUAUACUUGUAGAGACAUUUACGGUUGAAGUGGCUUAUCAAACUCAUACAUUCAUCUUAGUGUGAUAUUCACUCAUUAUGCGUAACAGCCCACUGCUAUUCACUCAUUAUGCGUAACAGCCCGCCGGCCCAACAGCCCUCUUCCCCCCUGCCCUCCGCCGCCCGACAGAACUCCGCCGCUCAGCAGCAGUCCUCUCCUCUGCUCUCCUCCGCCCAGCAGCACCCCUCCCCCUUCCUCUCCGCCGCCCAGCAGCACACCUCCUCCCUGCUCUCCUCCGCCCAGCAGCACCCCUCGCCCUGUCCUCCGCCACCCAGCAGCACUGCUCACCACUGCUCUCCUCUGCCCAAACAGCACUCUUCCCCCCUGCCCUCCGCCGCCCAACAGAACUCUGCCGCUCAGCAGCAGUCCUCUCCUCUGCUCUCCUCUGCCCAGCAGCACCCCUCCCCCCUGCCAUCCUCCCGCCCAGCAGCACUCCUCCCCGCCGCUCCCGUCCGCUUCUCAGCACUCUUUCCCCCCUCUCUCCUCCGCCCAGCAGCACUCCUCCCCUGUGCACUCGAACCACCUAAUGCACUCCUCCCAGCUGCCCUCCACCAUUUUUUUCCCCCUCUCAGCCGCUGCAAUACACCUCUGAUCUACCCUGACCAGUUGCACUCCUCUCAUGUGCUCUCCAACGCCCUGCUGCCCUCUUCAUCGCCUCUACUUUCAUCUGGCCAACCACCAUCCUGUUCCCCUCACUCCUCUUCCGCCCAGCUGUGCCCUUCACCUCUGCGCUCCGAUUCCCAUUUCAGUAACACUGCGACACCAACCGCAGGGAUCCUACGUGUUCCCGUAGCUGCGUUUUCUGCUCCCGCUCCUCACCCACACGUGCAGCCUCAACAUGAUGCAUGUUCGGACCCGGCUUCGGCCAUUGCCGCCAAACCCCAACCCCUCUGCAGCCCAACGUGAUACACAUGUACCUGAGGCGCCCGUGCAGGCCAUGCGCUCUCCGCGUGUGGUGAGAGGGAAGAAGGUCCAUGCUGCCGAAGACCGCGAUUGGCUGAGCGACGACGACUCGUUUCUUGACUCGGAGGAGAUGGAGUGGGAUGAUGGUGACUUUGUCGAUGGUCCACACACAGCAGUGGAUCAACCGACAAGGGCGGAGGUCAACCAGCAAGGACAAGCAUGGCAGCUGCCCUCUCCACCCAUCAGCCCUCCUCUUCCCAGGGCCGGCGCCAGAGGCAUGUCCCCACCUCCGUGCCAUGUACCUCGCAGCAGGCCCCAGGCGAUGAGCUUUUUGACAGCGGAAGUGCCGCUUGUCAUAGGCACCACAUGUGCAGCAACUGAUACGGUUACCCGGGCCAAUCUUUGAAGCGCAACGUCGUCGGAAUCAAGAGCUGCAACGGCGGGUUUUGGAGUUGGAGGCGGAGUUGACGCGUCGCAGUAUGGGUCCAGCACCGGCCCAGCAGGGUGCAUGCCCAGCACGGUCGGCGGUGGGCUGCAACACCGGGAAGUUGUGCGGGUGAUGGUCGGAACUGCUGAUCCGGUUUUGGCGCCUAGUGGCCACAACAUGUGGCCGCGUCGGCAGCGCAAUUUCGAGCGAGAGUUUGCAGACAAGUAUCUUGACCGGCGGCCUAUAGAUUACACGCAAAUGACGCCGAAGCAGAAGUCGUGGCCGAGCGGCUCGUUUCGGCGUUCGAAUCGGUCCCUAGUGUCAAAACGAAACCUUCCUGAGUACAUGAUCAAGGCUAUCGAAAUACUCUCUUCCUCGCAAGCAACGAAGGCUUCACCAUGUGGCCUACCAGUACCAAGAUCCUCGAUGCCUUGUUCAUAGCUCUUGGAUGGAGAGGCGAGGAGAAGAGGAUGUUUUUGACGCUUGUGUACGCCCUUGACACAACAAGGUGGGACACAAUCCGCGCGAGCAUCACCACAUGGCGGAACAAGGUGCUGACUAAGGGACGGCUGCAUGUCUAUGAGGCCUUUGACCUCUUGGUCAACCGCCCGACGUUGCACCUUCGGUUGUCCCAAACCUUGCCACCGUUCCUCUCCCAACAACCCUUGACCAUCAAAACCCCCAUCUAAUCCCUUCCUCUCUAAGCCUUCAACUCCACACAUAUCCAUAUACAGUAUACUUGAUGUCCUCAUCUCCCAUCCGUCCUCAUCUCCCAUCCGCCCUCAUCGCCAUCCGUCCUCAUCUCCCAUCCGUCCUCAUCUCCCAUCCGUCCUCAUCUCCCAUCCAUCCUCAUCUCCCAUCCGUCAUCAUCUCCCAUCUGUCCUCAUCUUCCAUCCGUCCUCAUCUCCCAUCCGUCCGCAUCUCCCAUCCGUCCUCAUCUCCCAUCCGUCCUCAUCUCCCAUCCGUCCUCAUCUCCCAUUCGUCCUCAUCUCCUAUCCGUCCUCAUCUCCCAUCCCUCCUCAUCUCCCAUCCAUCCUCAUCUCCCAUCCGUCCUCAUCUCCCAUCUGUCCUCGUGUCCCAUCCUUCCACAUCUCCCAUCCGUCCUAAUCUCCCAUCACUCCUCAUCUCUCAUCCGUCCUCAUCUCCCAUCCCUCCUCCUCUCCCAUCCGUCCUUAUCUCCCAUCCGUCCUCAUCUCCCAUCCGUCUUCAUCUCCCAUCCGUCCUCAUCUCCCAUCCGUCCUCAUCUCCCAUCCCUCCUCAUCUCC